CCUGAAUGUGGGCAGCAGUUGGGAGGCUAGGUCAGAAACAGCAGGGGGCUGCAGAGGCCUUGGUGAUAAGUGUGUUUCUUUCUUUCUCUCCUCUUCCUCCUCUCCUGCAUGGCCUUCCUCUCUACCAGCACUGGAAAGUCCUGUUUGAUCAGUUUGACCCUGGGAACACGGGCUACAUCAGCACAGGCAAGUUCCGGAGCCUCCUGGAGAGCCACAGCUCCAAGCUGGACCCGCACAAGAGGGAGGUGCUCCUGGCUCUCGCCGACAGCCAGGCCAAUGGGCAGAUCUGCUACCAGGAUUUUGUCAACCUGAUGAGCAACAAGCGGUCCAACAGCUUCCGCCAGGCCAUCCUGCAGGGGAACCGCCGGCUCUGCAGCAAGGCCCUGCUGGAGGAGAAGGGGCUGAACCUCUCCCAGCGGCUGAUCCGCCACGUGGCCUAUGAGACCCUGCCCCGGGAGAUUGACCGGAAGUGGUACUACGACAGCUACACCUGCUGCCCCCCGCCCUGGUUCAUGAUCACAGUCACACUGCUGGAGGUUGCCUUUUUCCUCUAUAAUGGGGUGUCGCUGGACCAAUUUGUGCUGCAGGUCACCCACCCACGAUACCUGAAGAACUCACUGGUUUACCAUCCACAGCUCCGAGCACAGGCUUGGCGUUACCUGACGUACAUCUUCAUGCAUGCAGGGAUAGAACAUCUGGGACUCAACGUGGUACUGCAGCUCCUGGUGGGGGUGCCCCUGGAAAUGGUGCACGGAGCAACCCGCAUCGGGCUUGUGUACGUGGCCGGCGUUGUGGCAGGGUCCUUGGCGGUGUCUGUGGCUGACAUGACCGCGCCAGUCGUGGGCUCGUCUGGAGGGGUAUAUGCUCUCGUCUCUGCUCAUCUGGCCAACAUCGUGAUGAACUGGUCAGGCAUGAAGUGUCAAUUCAAGCUGCUGCGAAUGGCUGUGGCCUUGAUCUGUAUGAGCAUGGAGUUUGGGCGGGCUGUGUGGCUGCGGUUCCACCCAUCAGCCUAUCCCCCGUGCCCUCACCCGAGCUUCGUGGCGCACCUGGGUGGCGUGGCUGUGGGCAUCACCCUGGGCGUGGUGGUCCUGAGGAACUACGAGCAGAGGCUGCAGGACCAGUCGCUGUGGUGGAUUUUUGUGGCCAUGUACACCGUCUUCGUGCUGUUCGCUGUCUUCUGGAACAUCUUUGCCUACACCCUGCUGGACUUAAAGCUGCCGCCACCCCCCUAAGGGACUGGAGGACCCUGGCAGGGGAGGGGAGGGAGACGCUGCAUCAGCGAGAAGCAGUUGCUUCUUUUUCUCAUCACCAGCGCAGUGAGGCCGGGAGGAGAGCACAGGAGGCGCUGGGCCCCUGUGAUAUUUGUGUUCAGAUUUGCACAGACAGUGGAGCCAUUUUUCUGAAAGGCACCUGCUGGAGG